AUGGGAGCGGCAGUUGAUGGUCGGCAACUACACUCUUCGUUUGUUGAUGAUAACGUUCUGAUACCAUCAAACAUUAGUGAGCAUACGGAAUACUGGUCUAAUUCAACGAAAGAUCGCUCUUCAACUAAAUGUGCAAAAGACGGUGUUUUUGAAGAGCGGAUAGUCUUCCUAGAAUUCGAAGCCGCUUUCGGCUAUUCUCACCGAGACAGUCUUUUUAACGCGCUCUGCGCCGGUGAUACUCCUGGAAAGUUCCUUCGCCUAAUCAAGGGCAAGAAUAGAAAGACAACUACUAUUGCUCAAGCACCAGCCGGAUUGAAUUCACCGUUCGAAUUGGAAAUCGGAGUAAGACAAGCGGCUGUCGCUGUCUUGUUCAACUUUGCAGUCGCCGAUAUCAUGCGAAGAACAGUUGAGCCGAUGUCGUUGAUGUCGUUAUUGCGCCGCUUGGAUGUCCCUUGGACGAGCUGA